UGCUGAAUCACAAAUAGCGGAAAGGGUACUUUUGACAUCCCAGUUUAACUCUGAUUUUGGCUGAUGGAUGCUCUAGUUUGCUGGCUCUUACUUCUCUUGGCUUUCCAUGUUGAUUGCCAGGAGGAAACGCCUGACCCUGAGCUUCAUCCGUUAGAUGGAUGGUAUAAUAAUCUUAUUAACCCAGACUGGGGUGCAGUUGAUACUCAUCUGUUACGAAAAAGUAAAGUUGGUUAUGCUGAUGGAGUAUAUCACAUGGCCGGACCCAUGCGGCCAAAUCCUUUCGAGAUCAGUAGUGCAGCACUUAGAGGACCAAUGGGACUUGGAUCACCAAGAGGAAGAAAUGCUAUGAUUACUUAUUUUGGUCAGCAAGUUGUAGAAGAAAUCAUGGAUUCUCAGAGACCUGGCUGUCCUAGAGAAUUUGAAAAUAUUGAUGUACCUAAGGGUCAUGACCUCUUCGAUAUAGAGGGUAAAGGCAAUGUACAGUUACCAUUUUUACGGUCUCGAUAUGACUUCAGAACAGGACAAUCACCUAAUAACCCUAGACAACAGAUAUCUGAAAUAACACCAUAUAUUGACGGUCAACUAAUGUAUGGACCAGCAAAAGCAUGGACAGAUGCUAUAAGGGAAUUCCGUGGAGGACGACUGAAAGCAUUAGAUGAUAAACCACAUCCUAUAAGCAUGAGCUUACCCGAUAGAAAUAACAUCAGAUUACCAUACGCCAAUCCACCCAAUCCUAGAGAAACAACAAGAGAAACUAGACUCAGAGGUGUUAAUAGAUUUUGGAGACUUGGUAAUCCUAGAGGUUUUGAAAACCCAUUUUUGCUGUCAUUUGGAGUACUUUGGUUCCGAUUACAUAACUUCUAUGCCAACAAGACUGCCACCAACAAUGGAUGGACAUCAGAUGAAGAUUUAUUUAAAUUUGAUGAGAGAAUAUUUAACCAAGCUAGGAAGAUGGUUGUUGGUAUUUACCAGAAAAUUGUGUUUUAUGAUUGGCUACCAAGAUGGUUGAAAAUAGAAAGUAAUAAUCAGACAUUCUUUGACCUUUCAGCAAGAAUACCAUAUAGAGGUUAUGAUCCAACAGUUCACCCUGGUAUAACACAUGAAUUUCAGACAUCAGCAAUGAGAUUUGGACAUACACUAGUGACACCUGGUCUGUGGAGAAGAGCUGCUCCAAGUGGUAAUGAUCAAUGUCCUUGGAUUCCAAGUAAGGUUAACAUAGCUGGUCAACCAGGAGAGGUUCAUGCGUUAAGAUUGUGCAAUGCCUAUUGGAACUCUCAGGAAUCUGUAACAGAGGAUGUUGAUGCUUUGUUUAGAGGGAUGGCCUCAACAUUGGCAGAACGAGAGGAUAAUAUAAUGGUAGCUGAUUUGGCAGGAGAUGUAUUUGGACCAUUAGAAUUCUCAAGGCGUGAUCUAGGUGCAAUAAAUAUUCAGAGAGCACGAGACCAUGGGUUGCCUGAUUAUCAGUCAGUAAGAGAAGCAUUUGGUCUCCCAAGACUGGAGAGUUUUGAAGCAAUGCAUAAUGGCUCUAUUGAUACAAACCUUAAAGCUAUACAGAAUCUUAAAAAACUGUAUAAAGAUGAGGGUCUCAAUGACUCAGCUCCAAAUGACGUUGAUUUAUUUGUUGGUGGGUUGAUUGAGACCACAUUAGAUGGACCAGGACCAUUGUUUACAGAAAUAACUCUAGAUCAGUUCCGUAGAAUCAGAGAUGGAGAUAGGUUUUGGUAUGAGAAUAGGGAUAAUGGUUUGUUCAGUGAUACUGAAUUGAAUGAGCUAAAUUCCAUGACAUUGGGUGGAGUAAUUGCUUUAGUGACAAAUGUCAAGGUCGAUGGUCAGUCAGGCGUCAAUGUCAAUAACAGAGAAGUUCAGCAGGAUGUCUUUAUACACAGCGGAAACAGUGAUCCAUGUCCACAACCUGCUCAGUUAAAUAUAAAUACUGCAGUAUCUGUUCCACUAAACAAUGGUAUUAACCGUACAAUCAUUGAGAACUGUGUACCUUGGCAGACAUAUGACUAUUUCUCUGGCAGUGAAAUUUGGUUUCCUUUGACAUUCACAGUUCUAGCUCUGUUUAUUCCAGCUACUAUAGGACUGAUGAUAUGUAUGGCUAAAAUCAGAGAAAAGAAGUUGGUUAAAGCAAGGCAAAGAAUUGUCAAGAGAGAAAAGACCAAAGAACCACACACAUAUCUAGCAAUAGAAUGGGUAGGACCAAAUGAUGGUGAAAGACACAUCAAGAUAAAAUUUGAUGAAAAUAGAAAAAAAAUUCAUGUCAGUGAUCGUCGUGGGAAACCUUUAAGGAUGAUAGAUCUUAGAAGUCAUGGGAGUAAACAAAUAGACAAAUUACAUAUUUGGGUAUCAGAAGAUACAGGAACAGUAAUGUCAGUCAGAACUGAGGGUGAAAUUGACUUGGUACUGAAAUUUAGUGAUGCUAUGGACAGACAGGAGUUUAUACAGAAGCUAGAACCUUUCCUCCGAGGCAUUGGAUUAUCACUGCAGAAAAUUAACUUCAAAGAGGAAGUCAUCAAGAAAAAUGCCACAACAAAGGAACAAAGACAAAAAUUACUAGAUAAAUUCUUCAGGAUAAUUUGCCUACAGGCUUUCAAACAUACCAACAUGGAUGCUAUGGAUUUAGGUGUCCUUGACAUUGAAACAUCCAAGCAGAUAGCUGAUAUUCAGCUGACUAGAACAGAAUUUGCAGAGGCUCUUCAACUUAAACCAACAUCACUCUUUGUUCGUAAUAUGUUUGUAUUGGUGGAUGCUGACAAGACUGGAUUUAUUAGCUUUAAAGAAUUCUUGGAUUUCUUUGUUGUUUUGUCUUCAGAUGAUGGUGAAGGUAAAGUAGAGUUGAUGUUCAGAAUGUAUGAUACAUCCAAACGUGGUGUGUUGACACAAAAACAGUUUGCAUUGAUGAUCAAGUCACUAUUAGAACUGUCUGAUUCUUCUUUGGAACAGAGACAGCUAGAUCAAUUAGUAACAUCAAUGUAUCGGACAGCAGGAGUACAAGAGGGAAGUGACAUGACAUUAGACAACUUUAAGAAGAUAUUUGCCUCAAAGGAAUAUGCUCAUACGCUAGACAAAGCCACUUUAAAUCUUGAUGGAAUUAGUAUGCCAACAAAAGAAGAGGGAACUAGAUCUGGGACAAGACAGACAUUGAAAGCUAGAGGAUCUACUAUAGUUAGAGGGUACAAUACCAUGAAACCUGGAACAAAGAAUAUUAGUAUGAAGAGACAACAGAGUGUGAGUGCUCCAACCAAUUUUGCUGUGUAUCCUAGGACAGCAGUUGGACAGAAAUGGUAUGCCUUCUCACAAUGGGUGGCUACCUACCAAUUACAGAUCUUUUGGUUAACACUCUACACACUUGUAUUACUUGGAAUAUUUUUAGAAAGAGCAUUUUACUAUGCCUUUGAGAGAGAACAUGCUGGACUGAGAAGACUUGCUGGUGAUGGAGUUACUACAACUAGAGGAGCAGCUAGUGCUAUGAUGUUUACCUACUCAACUUUACUCAUCACAAUGAGUCGCAACAUGAUCACGUUUUUCAGAGAGACAUUUUUACACAGGUUCUUCCCAUGGGAUUCUAUGCAUUUUUUCCACAAAUAUAUUGCUGCUUUGGCUUUAAUUUUUACAAUUUUACAUUGUAUUGGUCAUGGGUUCAAUUUAUACCAUAUCUCCACGCAAGCUUCUGGCGAUCUCAACUGUUAUUUCACCGAAUACUUCAGAGCUACUGAUGUAUUAGCCUCAUUCCAAUAUUGGACUUACAAUACAAUAACAGGUUUUACUGGUGUCCUAGCAACGAUUGUUGUUAUCAUCAUGUAUGUGUUUGCUAUGCCUUAUGCUAGAGCUCAUGCAUUCAAAGCAUUCUGGAUAACCCAUUCUUUUUACAUCAUCCUGUAUAUUUUGAUGAUACUCCAUGGUACAGGAAGACUUGUCCAGCCUCCUUUGUUCCAGUGGUACUUUAUUCCUCCGAUGAUAAUCUUUAUCAUAGACAAAUUGAUCAGCUUGAGUAGAAAUAACAUUGAAAUUACUGUUAAAAAGGCAGAGUUACUUCCCUCUGAUGUAACUGCCCUAAUUUUCAAGAGACCUGCCAACUUUGAAUACAAAUCUGGUCAGUGGGUGAGAAUUUCCUGUUUAAACCUUGGAUCUAAUGAGUACCAUCCAUUCACCCUUACAUCAGCUCCACACGAAGAGAACUUGAGCUUACACAUCAGAGCUGUCGGACCAUGGACCACAAAUCUAAGAGCUGAAUAUGAUGCGAACAACCUGGAAACUGGACAAGAAAUACCUAAACUUUAUCUAGAUGGCCCCUAUGGAGAAGGUCACCAGGAUUGGUACAGAUACAAAGUGGCCAUAUUGGUUGGUGGUGGUAUAGGAGUUACACCAUUUGCUUCCAUUCUCAAGGACAUCGUUAACAAAUCAAAAAUUGAUGAAAUGAGAUUCCCUUGCAAGAAAGUAUAUUUUCUUUGGGUAACAAGAACACAGAAACAAUUUGAAUGGAUGACAGAUAUUAUAAGAGAAGUGGAACAGAAUGAUGCUAAUGGAUUUGUGGACACACAUAUAUUCAUUACGCAGUUUCAGCAGAAAUACGACAUCAGGACAACCAUGCUGUACAUUUGUGAGAGACAUUUCCAGAAAGUAGCUGGCAGGAGUUUGUUCACCGGGUUGAGUGCUGUUACACAUUUUGGCAGACCUAAAAUGACAGAUAUAUUGAGAAAUAUCAAGUUGGAACAUCAAAAUGUGAAUGUAUUUGGUGUAUUUAGCUGUGGACCUGCUCCUCUAACCAGAGGUCUAGACAGAGCAUGUGCUGAUAUGAAUAAAAUUGAAGGAGCUGUUUUCCAUCAUCACUUUGAGAACUUUUAAUGAAAUGACAUCUAAGUUUAAUCAUCCAAUAAAAUGAGUGCUUUUUAUUAAUUUCUUUAUUAGCUCUGUUGAACAGAACUAAGCAUAAGGAACUAAUGAAUAUAUUAAAAGUUCAGUGUUAUAUUCAAACUACCUGUAUGCUAUAAUGUUUUUGACAAAUGAAGGUGUUUAAUGAUUUUAUUUCAUUAAGUUAAAAAUGGGGAUUUGAUAAAGAUUUUUAUAUGUGAUUUAACUCAUAAUUAUUAACACAUUUUGCUAUAAACAUUAAAAAAUUGUGUUUUUUGAUAAACAUGUAAUGUCUAGUACAAUAUAUAAAAAUUUCCUAUUUUGGGGAAAUCUGGGAAUUUUUAUCUCAUCUAAGUCAUUUAUCAUAAAAUUAUGGUAAUAAUGCCAUUGCAAAAGAAGUAAGUGUAUAAAGCAGCUUUCUUAAUUUUUAUCACUAUAUUUUUUGUCAAAUAUGUUUCAUAUUUCUGGACAUGGUUUAUAAUAUGGUGAGCUGCCAGUUUAUUGAUCUGCCAAUCAAAUUGGCUUCAGACAUUUUCAUUCUAACUUGUACAGUUAAAACUGACUAAACAGGACCCAACAAGUCCUAAAAAAUCAAAUGAGUUUACAUUUUUUGAGUGUGUUUUCUGGUGCAUAGGUUUAGUUUAAACAGUUGUUAUUGUUAAUAAAGGUACUUAUAUAAUUUUUUUGACAUAUCUUAAGUAUACUUUUUAUGCAUAAUUAUAUAUAUAUAUAUAACUUUUUAUAUAUUUUUUGUCUCUUUUUUAAAAAGAUUAUUUGUUAACUUUUAGGAACAAAGCAAAUAUACAUGCAUAAAGCUCACUGGCAUGUCACAGAGAUAUUUUUCAAAAUGAACCAUCUAAAGACAAGGAAAAAAUAUUUUAUCCAAAAGAAGAAGGUAUAAUAAGGCCACAAUUUUGGCCCACCUGAAUAGGAAAAUCAAAAUAGUAUAAUAUAUAUAUAUAUAUAUAUUGAGAAGCUACCCCUCUACAUUGGGGGCAAACACCAGCUGGUUAUAAAGGUUUGCGUCAUACAAACUAUACAAUAUAUACAGUGUAUGUAAAAAAAUCACAUCACUGUAAAAUUAAAAAUGUCAAUAUAAUCUUAAAGUACAAUAAAUCUGCUAAAUAACGUCCUUUAGAUGUCCAUAAGACAUUAGACUGUCAAUCAUCAGUAUCUUACAUGUUUGCAUUUUGGCUUCAAAUAAUUUGCAUUUAGUGCAAAACUGCCAAAAUGGCCAGAUUUUAAGGUCUUGUUUUUAUUGAAAUAUUAUUUAGAUAUUAGCCAAGGCUUUACCCAAAAUUAUAUUUUGUUACAAGAUGUGUUUUACAAAGAUGCUAAUGUGUGUAAAAUAUCUUUUUGGAUAUUAGGCCUUUGCUCAUAUUUACUUUGACCAAAAACUACAUGCAAAAAUAACAAUUUCAACAUGUUUAUGAUGUCAUAUUCACAUCACAAGGGACCUUUCUGUGCUUAAAUAUCCAGAUAAUAUCAAUAACCAAUAUUAACAUUAACUAUAAUUUACCAAUUAAAGGAACAUAAGCUUAAAAGCCUUGAAUAAUUGUAUAUUUUUUGCAAUUUCAGAGCAAAAAAUAAUGGCCUUCUCCUUUAUACAUUAUAUAAUUGUAUUUCAAUGAAACUUUAGCCUCCUAAAUUAUGAUUAAAUGUGUUUUGAAAGAAAAUUAAUUGUACAAGUAAAAGGUUAGAUAGUAUUACUGAAAAAGGGUGUGUCACAUUUAUUGACUUCACUUGUGUAGAAAAAAUCCUCUACAAUUAUAGACUGGUGGUUGAUUUGUUUAGUUUUGUAUGGUUGGAUCACUAACUACAAUAAUGUCUAUCAUAGAAACCAUUUUUUAAUUAAUUGUGGAAAUAUUUUCUUUAUUUUUGGGUUGCUCUUAACAAAUUAUGCUAAAUAGGUUUUUGGAAUGGUCAUUCAAUUUCUGCAAGAUUCCUGUUACUUUUGUACUGAUUUCAAUAAAUUUUAGGAACGUUUUAUUUCAAUAUUGAUUUAAAAAGUAUAAUGUUGAUGGCUUGUCAGCUUAUUCAAGGUUUUUUUGUCUCAAAGAUAUGGAAAUUGAGUAGUAAGUGUGGAGCUUAUACUCCGAAAUGUUACUUAAAAUAAAAAAUACAUAUUUUUUAUAUUUCUUUCCGUACUUCCAAAUAUAUAUAAAUAUAUGCAGGAAUGUACAAAUGUACAUUGAAUUAUUUGUUGUUCAUUGUUCAUAUUGCUUUAUUGUUAUACUCUCUCAAAAUAAAGUUUAUUAUAAUGUUGAGAA